AUGGGUAGAUAUAGUGUUAAGAGGUAUAAGACGAAGAGAAGAACGAAGGAUUUGGAUCUGAUCCAUGAAGAGUUGAAGUCCCAGGAGAAGAUACAGCAGCUGUUGAACCAGCCGCUGGAUGAGACGAAGCCCGGUCUAGGUCAGCACUACUGUAUACACUGUGCCAAGUAUUUCGAAACUGGUAUCGCUUUGAAGACACAUUUGAAAGGUAAGAUACAUAGAAGAAGAGUGAAGGAGCUAAAGUCGAUACCGUACACGCAGGAGGUUGCCGAUGCUGCUGCUGGUGUUAACUUGAACAAGUUCCUGAACAGCGUGGAGAAAUUCAAGAAUGUCGAUAACCAGGUGAAAGAAACCAACGAGACCCUCCUGAAGGAGCAUUUGGAUCAAACACUCGAAAAUAUCGAAACCACAGAACCUACAUUACCAUGGGCUGAUAACAACAAGAAAUCUGAGACCACUGAGCCUUCCACAACGUCCACCGCUGUGGAAGUUGCUACUGAGGCUGUAAUGGAGCAAUAA